GGAGGAGAGGAGAAAAGUUAAUGGCAUUCUACUCCGGGAGUCAGUAAAAAUGCUCGGCGCCUCUCUUCGCGGUAGGAAAACGUUUGAGCAGGCUCACUGAGGACGUUAAAAAGAUGGCAGCCGCUGAACUUUACUCCAAGUAUGCCCGUGUAUGGCUCCCAGAUGCAGCAGAAGUGUGGAAAUCAGCAGAGCUUACCAAAGACUACACUCCUGGCGACCAGACGCUGUCUCUGCAGCUGGAGGAUGGCACGAAAGUGGAGCACAAAAUAGACCCACGUACCAACAACCUGCCACCACUAAGAAACCCAGAUAUCCUGGUGGGGGAGAAUGACCUCACAGCUCUCAGCUAUCUCCAUGAGCCAGCAGUGCUACACAACCUCAAAGUGCGCUUUAUCGACUCCAGGUUGAUUUACACAUACUGUGGAAUUGUCCUGGUUGCCAUCAAUCCGUAUGAGAGAGUGCCCAUCUAUGACGCUGGCAUCAUUAAUGCCUACAGCGGACAAAACAUGGGGGAUAUGGAUCCCCACAUCUUUGCAGUUGCAGAGGAGGCAUAUAAACAGAUGGCCAGGGAUGAAAGAAAUCAGUCCAUUAUAGUAAGUGGUGAGUCUGGGGCUGGCAAAACCGUCUCUGCCAAGUAUGCAAUGCGUUACUUUGCAACAGUCAGCUCCUCUGGAGAGGCCAAUGUGGAGGAGCGAGUUCUUGCAUCCAGUCCCAUCAUGGAGGCCCUUGGAAAUGCCAAGACAACAAGGAACGACAACAGCAGCCGCUUUGGAAAAUACAUUGAGAUUGGGUUUGACACAAAGUAUUGUAUAACUGGGGCUAACAUGAGAACCUACUUACUGGAAAAGUCUCGAGUUGUGUUUCAGGCCCACGGUGAAAGGAACUACCAUAUAUUCUACCAGCUAUGUGCCUCUUCACAUUUACCAGAGUUCAAAGCCUUCAAGUUAGAUUGCGCAGAUGACUUCCACUGCACUAAUCAGGGUCAGAGCCCAGUCAUAGAUGGAGUGGAUGAUGCCAAAGAAAUGUGCAAUACCCGUAGGUCUUUCUCACUGUUAGGAAUUGGGGAAAGUGAUCAAAUGGAAAUUUACCAAAUUCUGUCAGCUAUUCUUCAUCUUAGCAAUGUGGAGGUAAAAGACCAGUCAGCAGACAGAUGCAGCAUAAAGCAGGAUGAUGUCCACCUGAUGGUUUUCUGUGACCUGAUGGGAGUGCCUUGUGAAGAAAUGGCCCACUGGUUAUGCCACAGGAAGCUCAAGACAACCACGGAAACCUUUGUUAAGCCUGUUCCCAAAAUGAACGCGAUCUAUGGCCGAGAUGCCCUAGCCAAACACAUUUAUGCCAGACUCUUCAGCUGGAUUGUGGACAGUAUCAACAGUGCCUUAAAAUCCACAGUGAAGCAGCACUCAUUCAUUGGUGUGCUCGACAUUUACGGGUUCGAAACUUUUGACAUCAACAGCUUCGAACAGUUCUGCAUCAACUAUGCAAAUGAAAAGCUUCAACAACAGUUCAAUCUGCAUGUCUUCAAACUGGAACAAGAGGAGUACAUGAAAGAGGAAAUCCCUUGGACACUGAUUGACUUCUAUGACAAUCAGCCUUGUAUUAAUCUCAUCGAAGCCAAACUGGGCGUCCUGGACCUUCUGGAUGAGGAGUGUAAGAUGCCCAAAGGAUCUGACGAAACAUGGGCACAGAAGCUGUACAACACCCUCCUGAAGCAGAAUGCUCACUUUGAAAAACCAAGGUUGUCAAAUAGAGCUUUCAUCAUCCACCACUUUGCUGACAAGGUGGAGUAUCAGUGUGUGGGCUUCCUGGAGAAAAAUAAGGACACAGUCAAUGAAGAACAGAUUAAUGUGCUGAAAAAGAGCAAGUUUGAUCUGCUGCUGAAGCUAUUUGAGGAUGAUGAGCAGGCAGCAAAUUCUUCUAACAAACUUACAAGCAGCAUUGGAAGGGCUGGAUCAGCUAAGAAGGAUACUAAGAAGACUGUUGGACUGCAGUUUCGACAGUCCCUCCAUUUGCUGAUGGAAACACUAAAUGCUACAACUCCUCACUACGUGCGCUGCAUCAAACCAAAUGACCAUAAAGCUCCGUUCACAUUGGACCCUGUGAGGGCUGUACAACAGCUUCGAGCAUGCGGUAUCCUCGAAACUAUCCGGAUCUCAGCAGCAGGCUUCCCAUCAAGGUGGACCUAUCAGGAAUUUUUUAGCCGCUAUCGGGUUCUCAUGAAGCAAAAGGACUUGCUUCCUGAUAGAAAACAGACCUGCAAAAAUCUCCUGGAAAAACUUAUAAAGGACCAGGGGAAAUACCAGUUUGGCAAAAACAAGAUCUUCUUCAGAGCUGGCCAGGUGGCUUUCUUGGAGAAGCUGCGCUCGGACAAAUUGCGUAUGGCUUGUGUCUGCAUCCAGAAGACUAUUCGCUGCUGGCUGGCACGCAAAAAGUACCUGAGGAUGAGGGAGUCUGCCAUUACUAUUCAGAAACAUGUACGGGGUCACCAGGCACGCUGUUACGCCAAGUUUCUGCGGCAAACCAGAGCAGCUAUUAUCAUUCAACGCAAUGUGCGAAUGUGGUCGAAAAGGAAACUCUACCAGCAGCAGCGUUCUGCAGCUAUCACUAUUCAGUGCUUGUGGAGGGCUCACAUGGCUAGAAAGCAGUACCAUAAGUUGAUGUAUGAGAAAAAGGCAAUGGUCAUUCAGAAGUGGGUGAAAGGCUGGCUGGCCAGACAGCAUUACAAGCGCAUCCUGGCAGCCAUUAUCCUGCUGCAGAGUUGUGUGCGUCGCAUGAGGGCAAAGAGGGAACUAAAGAAGCUGAAAGUAGAAGCACGCUCUGUGGCGCACUUCAAGAAGCUCAAUAUUGGCAUGGAGAACAAGAUUAUGCAGUUGCAGCACAAGAUAAAUGAGCAGCAAAAGGAAAACAGAGAACUCAGUGAGAAGCUGAGUGUUACGGAGAAAGCUCAGACUAUGGAGAUAGAGAGACAGAGCAGUGAGAUAGAAAACCUGCGUAGAUCAGAGCAAGAGGCCAGAGCUAAAGCAGAAAGGCUACCCUCACUGCUGGAGCAGCUCUCCUUCCUCCAGCACGAACUGGAAAACACCCGCAGAGAGAAGGAAGACCUGGAAGAGCAGACAAAGGUCUACAAGGAGCAGACAGAGCAGGUGGUAGAUGAACUUAACACGAAGAACAACUUGUUGAAAAAUGACGUAGAUGAACUGAACAAGCAAAUCAUUGAACAAGCACAACAGCGGACAGAGAUUCAAACCAACGUUGAGAACACCAAACAGCUGGAGCAGGACUUGACUGAGGAACGUUCUCGAUACCAAAGUCUGCUGAGCGAACACCUGCAUCUGGAGGAGCGGCACAGAGACCUGAAGGAACAGAUGGAUCUCAACACUACUUCAAGCAAAUCUAGUCUGAAGAGGACAGACUCCAACUACAGCAGUAACUCAUCUGAGUUUAGUCAGAGCUUAGGCUCUACUGAGGGUGAAGAAAGCUCUGUACAAACAGAGGAUGAGACCCAGACUGCAGUGGACCUGCCAGUCCUCUUGAAGCUUCAGAGGAGAGUGAAAGAGCUGGAGCAGGAGAAACAGUCACUAUGGCAGCAGCUGGAUAAACGAGAGGAAGACCAGCAAGAAAAAGCAAAAGAGGUCGAGGAACAGAGAACAAGUGGAAGAGCAGAACUGGACUUGGAAACACUGAAGCGACAAGAACUGGAGUCUGAGAACAAGAAAUUGAAGCAGGAUCUAAAUGAGCUGCGAAAGUCUCUGACUAAUGAGAACAGUGAUUUAGUGCCCCCUGCCCCUGGUUCUCUGCCCUACAAAGUCCUGCUGGAGCAACUCAAUUCUUCCAUGGAGGAGCUGGAGAUGAGAAAAGAGGAGGUGCUGCUCCUGCGGUCGCAUUUGGUGCGCCAAGAGGCUCUUAAACACAAGGACUCUGCACUGGGAGAAGGCGUGAAAUUGGAUCUCAGUGAAAUUCCCUCAUAUCAAGACGUUCACAAAUCCACUGACAUCCACACACUGAAUGAAGAUGGAGAGCUGUGGCUGGCUUAUGAAGGCUUGAAAGAGACAAAUAGGCUUCUGGAGUACCAGAUGCACGAGCAGGAACGGGUUCAAAAUGAGAGGUACAUGAAGCUGGUAGAGGAGAUGAACAAGCUGAAGGAUGAAAAGGAGCAGCAGCAGAAGAUGUUGGCUCAGAGCCUCCUCUUGCCUGAAGAUGCCCGAAUUGAAGCAAGCUUGAAGCUUGAGAUUACACGGCUGACCAGAGAGAACCUGGAACUUCUGGAACAGCAAGAGAAACAAGACAAAACCAUAAGAAAGCUGAAAAAACAACUUAAAUUUUACAUGAAAAAGGUUGAAGAUUUUGAAGUGAGCACUGAGCAAGAGACCAGACGCUCAGUGGUGAGUCCUCCUGGCAGAGCAGUGAACAUCACCCGCAAGGAGAAGGAGUACCAGGGCAUGUUGGAGUACAAGCAGGGUGACGAGAGCCGGUUGCUUAAGAAUCUGGUCAUAGAUCUGAAGCCUCGCGGUGUUGCCAUCAGCUUCACUCCAGGCCUUCCUGCCUACAUCAUCUUCAUGUGCGUACGAUAUGCAGACAUUGUGAAUGACGAUCAGAGAGUUAGCGCUCUGCUAAAUUCAACCAUCAGCAGCAUCAAAGGGGUCAUCAAGAGGAGAGGAAAUGACUUUGAAGUGGUGUCUUUCUGGCUGGCUAACACCUGCCGGUUAAUGCACUGUCUGAAGCAGUACAGUGGUGAUGAGGUGUUUAUAGUGCACAACACGGCUAAGCAGAAUGAGCACUGCUUGACCAAUUUUGAACUAUCAGAGUACCAGCAGGUCUUUGGCGAUCUGGCCAUUCAGAUUUACCGUCAACUCAUCAAAUGUAUGGAGGACAUCCUGCAGCACCUCAUAGUUUCGAGCAUGCUGGAGAACGAGACAAUCCAGGGUGUUUUAGGGUCCAAACCAACAGGCCUGAGGAAGAGGAGCACCAGUUUCUCAGAAGAGGGGGCUGUUACAAUGGAGGUCCUCCUGCAGCGUCUUGGCCUCUUCCACACCACGAUGAGUCAGCAUGGGAUGGACUCAGACCUCAUUAAACAGGUGGUCAAGCAGCAGUUUUACAUCAUCUGUGCGGUCACACUCAACCACCUGCUGCUGCGGAAGGACAUGUGCUCCUGGGGUAAAGGCCUGCAGAUCAGGUACAAUGUAUGGCAGCUGGAGGAGUGGCUGGCUGAGAGAGAGCUGACAGACAGCGGUGCAAAAGAAACUCUGGAGCCUCUCAUACAGGCUGCACAGCUUCUACAGAUCAAGAAAAAGACUGAAGCAGAUGCCCAAGCCAUCUGCAACAUGUGCACUGGCCUCACCACAGCGCAGAUUGUCAAAGUAUUGACCUUGUACACACCGGUGAUUGAGUUUGAAGAGAGAGUGUCACCUUCAUUCAUCACAACGAUUAAAAACCUUUUGAAAGACAGAGCUGAGUCAUCCACUUUGAUGAUGGAUGCCAAGAAAAUCUUCACCGUCACCCUCCCGUUCACACCUUCCUCUGUGGCUCUGGACACCAUCCAGAUCCCGAGUAGCCUCAAUCUGGGCUUCCUUACUCGCAUCUAGACCUGUAACUUCUGAUACUUGCAGUAUAAAAAUAUCUUCACAGUUGGCUUUUAUUGGACUCCAGAAACCAAGGAGAGGCCGUGUACAUGUUAUCUGUUUGCUUUUAGUAUGAAGCAUAAAUGCUCUUGGAACAGUGAAUAUAAAAUAUAGAUCUCUUAAGGGUUGCAAAUCUUGUGUUGCUGACUGUAUUGUAAACACACUGGUUCAUUCUUGCGUUCAUGGGUCGGAUUGUUUCUUCUACCAAACUAAGUUUCACAACUUCACUUGCUUAUAUGGUAUUUAUGAUUACAUGAAUUCAUAAAAGUGGAGUUCAUAUUUUUAAAUUUAGUAAGAAAUUUGGGAGCACUCCAGUAUUUCUUUAUAUUUUUACAACUGCUGAUGUAAUGUUAUUCUAUUUAUGCACAUCAUGGCAAGGGGAAGGAAGAGAGAGUUCAAGUACAUAUAUGUAUAUGUAUUUAACUGAUGUUGUCGGUCACAUUAAAGGCUGGCUGAUCAGUAACAUGAUGAUGUUAAAAUGCUGCACAGUGUUUAACUACCUCGUGAGGUAUGUCAAGCUUGGUGUUCUGUUGAAUUUUCAGAACAAUCAAGAGUAUUUUAGUUAUAGUCAAUAUUUCUCUUGACACUGUAAUGCAUCCACUUCUCUUUGUAAUAAGAUAUACAGCUGUGUCUGACUGUAGACAUCCUCCAUUAAAGAAACUGG